GGGGGGGCGCCCGGAAGGCGAUGGCGGCGCCCGGAAAGGGCGGGCGGCGCCGGCACGGCAGCAGCAUGGCGGCGGCGCUGAGGUGCGCGCGGCUGCCGCGGCCCUGGCGCCUCGCGGGCGGCGCCGUCGCCCUCGCGUGGGGGCAGCCGGUGAGGGCCCGGGCGGCGCCGCUGCCGGCGGGCGCUGGGCGCGCCGCCCUGCUACGGCCGCCCGCCGCCGGGGCGCAGGCCCGCGGGGCGCUGUCGCGGCUUCCGCCGGGCGGCGGCGAGCGGGCCGGCUCGCAGAGGAGGCUGGUGUCUUGGCGGUCGCUGAUAGCAACCUUCGUGCUGUGUGGAGGAUUGCUGGUGACUAUGAAAAAAAUGAAGAAGAUGAAGGAGGAAAAGCUGGAGAAAGAACGGAACCGAGGCAUUGGCAAACCACUACUGGGAGGGCCCUUCUCACUCGUCAGUCAUGAGGGACAGCCCAAGACCAACAAGGACUACUUUGGCCAGUGGGUGCUGAUCUACUUUGGCUUCACGCAUUGCCCUGAUAUCUGUCCUGAUGAACUGGAGAAAAUGAUCGAAGUGGUAGAAGAAAUUGAUGGAAUUCCAUCUUUGCCAAAUCUGACCCCACUCUUCAUCACCAUUGAUCCUGAGAGGGACAAUGAAGAAGCCAUUGCCAGAUAUGUUAAAGAAUUUUCUCCUAAGCUGAUUGGAUUGACUGGUACCAAAGAACAGAUUGAACAAGUGGCCAGAGCUUACCGUGUAUAUUACAGCGAAGGUCCCAAAGAUGAAGACAGUGAUUACAUAGUGGAUCAUACAAUAAUAAUGUAUCUCCUUGGGCCAGAUGGUGACUUUGUGGACUAUUAUGGGCAGAAUAAGAGGAGCUCUGAGAUUUCUGCUUCUAUUGCUGCUCACAUGAGAAAAUACAGAUCCUAAGCCAGAAGACUUUCAAAGAUUGAUGCAAACAUCCGCUGUAGGUUUGGCUAUAACUGUGCAUUGUAUUCAGUGGAGUUACCAUUAUUGAAAAUCAGUAAACAGCCUUCCCAUUGGAUAUUAUCUGCAGCAAGAUUUCAGCCGUGAGAUGACACUUGGGACUUCUGUGAAACGUUGGGAGCAAGAAAUGGAAAACACUUUUCAUUUGGAAGGGACCUCUAUAUCACUGGUAGAAUUGUUUUGUGUCUUUUGGCCAGACAUCAGUGAAGGAUGAUCCCGGUAGGAAGGUGAUUACUUGAUGAAAAGCCAUGUGAGCCAUGGCAUCCUCAGAGGACCCCUGCCAUCUUUUUUAUUCCUGCACUAUUUUGCCUACUGGCAGAGGCACUUCCAAUAUCGUAAGCAGAAAGCCUUAAGAGUACUUCUUUAUCUAGGUUCAGAAGAUGAAGAGCACUGAAAGCAUUAGCAGCUUGCACACAUGGGACCAGCCCUGUAGUCUGCCUGAUCUUCCUCAUUUGAGCACAGAAGUGAAAUGUUUCUUCUUGACAAUUUUCUCCUUAUCCUUUGUGAAGAUUAUUAACCUUAGUUGUAAAAGAAAAGGGGUACUGAGUUGCAAAUAUAUUUUUCUUCUGGUCUGAAUGGUUUGGUGCGUACCCUCAACCUGACUUGUGCUAUGCUGAAUAAUGAAGUGGUAGGGAUGAAGGGGGUCUGUUUCCAUGCAUAGGGCUGUCAGUCAGAUAAAUUUUAUGCAAUGCUGCAUUUGAAAAUAAAAGACUGCUUUGUACAA